CAUCAUUAACAAAUAAAAGCAACUCGAUCAACAACUCGCUUUUGGCAAAUUUUGGUAAGCCCAGACUGAGUUUUGUUCAAGAACUGAUGACCUUCGGCAUUUUCCGAAUUCACAGUGAGAUCAGUCGAAUUUGACUGAGUUUUGAUUUUGCUAUCCUAAAUAUAUAUAAUUAUAUGGUUAGUUCCAUUGAAUUAUUUGCAUUUAGCAUGGUGUUUUCUGCUGGUCAUGACCCUAUCAGAACCUGAGACCAUUUUCUCACCAAAUGAGAUUGGUGUAUUAGACUACUGUUCAGAAAGUCUGGUGCAAUUAUGACACUGAAUCUAUGACAAAAUUCUCUCUACUCCUCCUAUAAGAGCAACAAACCACUCCCAUUUAUGACAUUAAUCUGGACUGCAUCAUAAGAGGCUGAUGUACAUGACAACAAAUGAACCAGAGUACAGCGAGGAGUGCCAUCUCAGCAGAGCACCAAACUGAAGAGAAAAGCUAUCAAGAUCAUUUAUAUCCUUUAGAGGAAAGAAAUGUAUAAUCAAGGUCCAACAAUCAGAAGAAUUGAUCCAACCAACUCUUUCAAUGACCCUUCAGCAGACUGGAAUGCUUCAGGAAAUUCGGAAAUGGGCCAGUUUCAACCACCACCCUACAAGGAAUACACUCAGUACCCUAAUGCAGCGUACCCUCCUCCAGGGAACUAUCCCAACCCGUCUGGCUAUACAGGUCAGCAAUAUGGAGCUCCAGGUGGUCCCCAGGGCCCAUAUCCAGGGCUGUCUGCAUACUACCAAGGAGCAUAUCCAGGACAGCCUGUGGUCACUAUCCAACCUGCGUUCAUUACCCGCAUGCCACCGGCCAAGCCAUCUCCAGAUCACAUGUGCUACUCAGUCUUUACCAUGCUGUGCUGCUGUUUCCCUCUGGGAAUUGCUGCUCUUGUCUACUCGGUCUCUACUCGAGAUGCUAACAGUUGUGAACAGCAAGAGUUAGCAGCAAGAAACUCCAAAAUGGCUUUCACUCUGAAUGGUGUUGCUCUUGGUAUUGGCAUGACAGUUUAUGUGUCAAUGUCCAGGAAGUGGGUGGUUCAUCACAAUCGCCUCAAACCUUACAAGGGUUCGUUGUUGGGCAUACCCACUAGCUUCUUUCAGUCACAUGUUCCUCUUGGUGUUGACAAUAGUGAUGCCCCUCGCUCAUUUCCACUCAAUGCAUUGUCAGGAGCUUUGCCUUUUUGUCCUUCUACUUCACCUUAUGUGCCUAAAAUAACUGUACAGCAGACAGCUCCUGCUGCAAGGACUGAUUGCUCGGAUCAAACUGUGACUGUGCCAAUGCCUACUGUUCAUUCUAGCUCCUCUCAGUCCCCUGAGAGGGCCCUGUCAACUUCAGUGGCCCCUCCUCAACUUACCUGUAGUGAUCGCACUGUCAGGAAACCUGAAAGGUUUAAAGACAUUGUCUGUUAA